UUUGUCUUUCAUAUAUAUAACGCAUGAGAAGUAUCCCUGGGUCAUACGGAUGCAUUGAGUCUUACUGCAGAUCAGUAUCAUUUGUUUGUCAAUCAACAGAGAGCUCGCUUCCUCCAACAUGACGAUGACCUGCUCUGAUAAUCUCGGUGCGGAGAAUUGCGCAUCGCGAAGGGACUUCCGGGUGAUUAUUGUCGGCGGUUCCAUUGCCGGCCUUACACUGGCACAUUCUUUGCGACGAUACAACAUCGACUACCUCGUGCUAGAGGCCUACAAUGAUAUAGCACCUCAAUUAGGAGCUUCCAUUGGCUUGGCUCCAUCAGGCUGUGGCAUCCUAGAUCAGCUAGGGAUGUUCGACGAUGUGCUGCAUGAGAUUGAGCCAUUGAGCCGCUUUCAAUAUUACACAGAGACAGGGAACAAGAUAUUCGAGGAUAAAGCUGCAACUGUUCUACAUGAAAGACAUGGCUACCCGCUUUCGUUCCUCGACCGGCACAAGGUCCUGGAAAUCCUAUAUGAUCAUCUCGGACCAGAUCAAUGCAAGGUAUUCUUGAACAAGAAAGUGACGCAUGUUAAAGAUGUGCCCGGGGGGGUGGUUGUCCAUUGCAAAGAUGGCAGUCUAUGGACUGGAAGCAUGGCUGUUGGAGCCGAUGGGAUUCACAGUACAAUCCGCACCGAGAUCUGGAACCGCCUUGACAAAGAGCAUCAUCCCCGCAACCGUGUCACUCGAGAAAGAAAGGAAAUGCUUGCUCGGUAUUCUUGCAUAUUCGGCAUUUCACCAGAUAUGAACCAGCUCGUAGCGGGGCACGGGUACCGCACGUUUGGAAAGGGGUUCACCACCGUGAUUAUGGUGGGCAAAAACCACCGGACCUUUUGGUUUCUGUUCGCCAGGAUGGAGCGGACUUAUACCAUGGAGGACCUUCCACGGUUCACGGCAGAAGAUCGCGAAACUCAUGCGGCUCAAUACUUUCCAGUCAGUAUUUCCCCGGAUGUUUCGUUUGGGGAUCUGUAUAAGAAAGCGAUUCGCAAAACCUACGUGCCCCUUGAGGAAGCUUUCUACGAGCAAUGGGUUGCAGAUCGACUCGUCUGCAUUGGCGACUCGGUCCACAAGAUGACCCCGAAUAUGGGCCAGGGAGGCAACUGCGCAAUAGAAAGUGCAGCCAGCUUAGCCAAUCGCUUGAAGACAUUCGUCGACCUCCCGGCCCCGUCAUACAGUAUGAGUGAUCUCCACGGUGCCUUGUCUGCGUGGUCGACGGCACGGCAGCCCCGAGCGCGUAAAAUAUGCCGCGCUGCCAACCAGAUGACACGGGUUGAGGCCUGGGAAAGUGUGCUACAUCGGCUGAUGUUAUGCUAUGCGAUGCCGUAUAUCAGCGAUAUUUUCCUUGACAUGACCUGUCUAACCCAGGUGGGCUCGGAAAUCCUCGAGUAUCUCCCGACCGGAAAAAUCUCCAGGGGGUGUCAGAUGCCUGCAGACAUCCGAUAUCGAAAUCUACAGCAAAUGUCCUUCCCAAAACGAGUUCUCUACACCACACCGUUAAUUCUGUGCUACGUGGGAGCUUGGUACCUACAACCUGCGAAGCCACAGAAUGCAUAUUACGUGCUUGAAGCGUCGUCUGAUCCAGUUGCUCAGCUACAACAGCUUUCCUUCCUUGCAGACCUUGGCCUUUUGUACGGGAUUUGGCUCUUGGAGAGCUAUCGCUAUUCCCAUAGCUUAGCUGGUGUCAUCCUUCCUAUUUUGAUGGCAUUUGUGUCCCAGUCACAAGGCAUCGGAGGAGCCGCCACCCUUUAUUUCCUUCUGGACUACCUUCAAUCGCCGUUAGAGUACAUACUAGUGUCAAACUAUUCUUCCAUCAGAUUUCCCGCCGCGAGAACGUUGCUGCCAGCAUUGAUCCUGGGUUACUACCUGCCUUUAUGGGCAGGUUGUACCACCCUAUCACCUGUGGGGAAUCGCAUAUGUGCCUUUAUGUGGCCGCUCAAUGGCUUGCUGGUCCCCAGCCUCCAGUUACUGCUUGCCGCUUUCAUUUCGUCGACAACGCCGACCAAAGAGAAGCGGCCGGAUAUGGUGCAUGUCCGUUGGACCAUCAUCCUUCUGGCUGCUGUCUCUGGUCUUUUAUUUUAUCAUGUGCGGCUGGAUACGUCCGCGACUUCGUUUCGCGAGUUCCCGCCCUUCCAAUAUGACGCGCUAUUCACCAUGCUAAGUGGUAUGACUUGGAUCAUCCUAUCUUUUCUUGACCUUCAGGUCUAUGGGAUCCAGAUUUCGUUGCUCAAGGUUGCCACGGUCUUUGCCGGGACUGCCAUUGCGGGCGGGCCGGGAGUGGCGUUUGCUGUUUGUUGGGCUUGGAGGGAGGAAGUUAUUACCAAUAUUACCCGCAGACGAUAGUGUUCAGCGGCGGGGAGCGUCUGCUGUGGGAUGGGAUGUAGCGUUAAGAUAGAGAUACGGGAUGUGAAGCCAGAUUCUCAAUAUUACUGUGAUAAGGUAUACCACGAACAUUACAUUUCCAUGUAUGGGAAUCAUCCGAUGUGGACUGGGCCCACGAUAGGAUAGAUGACAAGGUCGUUCUGUAAGAAAUCAAGAAACAAUCCCAAUUGCCGG